AAUAGAAAGCCAGACGCUGGUAAUUGCUUCUACUCAAUCAGAAUUUUAAAUACUCUGUUAGUCUCCCUUCGAACUCUGAUUGAGGCAUUACGGCAGCCAAUAUGUCAGUACUAAAUAUUACUUUUAUAUUCGCUGCAUUGCUAGUCUAUCAGUCGAAAGCUUUAAUUUAUCCGGAAAAAUCUACCUCUCUGGGUCUCGUACACUCCGUUUCAUAUCCGGUAGUUGAAUACCUUCCCGAUCGUAGCAUAUUAAUUGAUUGGUGUUUUCAAAUGUCCUACACAUUACCCGGCACUGUUUCGGCUUUUUAUAACAUACCCAUUUGGCCGGGUAUACAAAGUCCGAAACAACGUUACGCACGCUCGUACAAUGAAAGCGAAAGUCCCGAAGUGCAAAGGCACUUGCAAUGGUUGGAAAAAUAUGAUCGUAAAAUAAAUGUAAAUCAGCAUCCAAUGGAUUUAACAGCUGGUGAGCUGUAUCAAGGCAUUGAGGAUUAUUUUUCCAGUUUCGAUAUACACGAAACGUGUCUGCUUCGCAGCGUUUGCGAAUUGGCUCAACAUCCAUUCGAUGAUGAUCAUCAUACGAUGUUGACGGAGUUGCUCACAUUUAUGCUGACACCUUCUCUCCAUCAAGGAUUUGCCAAGCAUGAAACUGUGUAUCGAGAAGCGUACGAGGCGGCAGAGCUUCAAGGCUUUCUGGGUGAAAAUUGUACAGCUUUAUAUGCCGACUGUCAGAAAGAUAUAUUAAGUGUUGUUACCAAAAUUAUAUUAAUAAAUGAUUAAUUGAUUAAAAUGACCUCAAUAUUAAAUGGCUUACAGAGGGCGACAAAAUUUGACAGAACGAUAUUUUCCAAGUUUUAAAACUUGAAUUUUGAGUAUUCAUGACAGUUUUGGUGUUGCCGACAUGAAAUCCGAUGACAAUUUUUAAAUUUACAUUUAAAAUGGCGGAUCCAAUAUGGUGGAAGUUUUUUUAAAAAUUGUUUGAAUUUGCCCAAAGCUUGUUCCUCGGCGGUUUUUGGAGUUGCUGAUUACAAUCGGAUUUCAGGUCAGCAACACUUCUUCCAACGUAGUGGAUAUGUUUCUUUCGUCUGCACCUACAAAGGGGUACUUCUUGAAAUACUUUCAAAGUUGCAGCGUUUCCAACCAUUCAAACGACAAGACUUGACAAACGUAGGCUCUGUCUCUUUAUUCGUUGAACUAGUAUAUCAAUGCAACGAUACUUUGAAGAGAUAUAAUCUUUCUUUAUAUGAAACUUGUAGUAAAUUCCGCAAUUCCAUCGCAUUUUUUGAAUGGCAGUGAUAUCAACAUAAGUUUUCACAAGCUAGAGCACCUUCCCAAUUAAGAGACCGGGCGUUAUAAUCGUUAUCGCCCUGCAAUCCUAUCGCGCUUACGCAAGUUUUUGGCGAUACUGCGUGUCGUGAAAGCAUUGCAUCCCACCCGGGUUCAUCUGUCAGUCCUUUCGGAUAUUUUUAGCUGCAAUGCGUUUUGCUAUAACGUGGAAAUUGAUAUUUUUAUGUGGUUUACCGCGAGGCUAGCUAUUUCAGCAGCUUUUCCAACCUCGAAAACUUUCGCCUGGAAGCUUAAAUCCCUUGCGCUUACUCCGACAUCAUUUUUGAUCCGUCCAUGUAGAUGUUGCAAGUUUGACUGGUAACAUACUACUGUUCCAUCUACCCUCUUUUACUUAGUAUAAAAACUUUGUUUCCCAGAUAAACGGUGCGGGUAUGUGAUCUAUUUUGUUACCCUGAUUAUCGAGUCACGUUCAAAGGUUUUUGUAGAAAAUUCAUCAAUCUUACAACUGAUUUCGC